AUGACGACUUCGCUGGUUCUGCAUCCACGCUGGGCGGACACGUUGAUGUACGUUUAUGAAAAAAACCCGAAUGACAACGGCCAGAAUAAAAGUCAGACAAUGGAGGGACUGAGCGGCAAUUGCCCUGCGACCCACUGCAGGGAUUUGAUGUCGCACCCUGCUCUAGGGCGACAUUCUGGCACCAUAGCGUCCCACCAGAGCUCCGUCUACUCGGAUAUUUCUUCUUCGGACUCUGGGCGACAGUGUCCAGCACCACAGACAUCUAAUGCAUCUUUGAGCUAUGGUUAUCCCUUUGGAAACCCAUAUUACGGUUGCAGAUUGUCUCAUUCGCACAAUGUAAACUUACAGCAGAAGCCUUGCUCGUACCAUCCAGAAAAGUACGCGGAGACCAGCACGACGCUGCCCACGGAAGAACUUUCUACCAGAGCCAAAGAGUUCGCAUUUUAUCCCAGUUUCGCCAGCUCUUAUCAAGCUGUUCCCGGUUACCUCGAUGUGUCUGUGGUUCCCAGCAUUAGUGCCCACCCGGAGCCGCGCCACGACGCCUUGAUUCCCAUGGAGGGCUACCAGCACUGGGCUCUCUCCAAUGGCUGGGAUGGGCAGGUGUACUGCUCCAAAGAACAGACACAGUCCGCUCAUCUUUGGAAAUCUCCAUUUCCAGAUGUUGUUCCGCUGCAGCCUGAGGUCAGCAGUUAUCGCAGAGGACGUAAGAAGCGUGUUCCUUACACUAAGAUCCAGUUGAAGGAGCUGGAGAAAGAAUAUGCUGCAAGCAAAUUCAUAACCAAAGACAAGCGAAGGCGCAUUUCUGCCGCCACGAACCUCUCAGAGCGGCAGGUCACCAUUUGGUUUCAGAACCGACGAGUCAAGGAGAAGAAGUUUGUCAGUAAAUCCAAGAGCAGUCACAUGCACUCCACCUGA